GCAUGUUUGAUUUGGUACAUGUUUUUACGCUGGAUGCCCUUCCUAACGCAACACUCCCCAUUUAUCCGCCUCCCACACAGCUUUUAAAAACUGAACCAGGAAGCCUGAGCUGCUGUUCAUAAAAUGGCAGAAGCGAAUAUUUCUGUGGCUCAGGACCAGUUCAGUUGUCCAAUCUGUCUGGAUCUCCUCAAGGAUCCAGUGACUAUUCUGUGUGGACACAGUUUCUGUAUGCGGUGCAUUAAUGGCUGCUGGGAUCAGGAGAAUCAGAAAAGAGUCUAUAGCUGUCCUCAGUGCAGACAAACCUUCACUCCAAGACCUGCUGUGUGUAAAAACACUGUUCUGGCUGAAGUCGUGAAGACACUGAAGAAGAAAAGACCCCAAGAUAAAAAUCCUGCUCAGUGUCCAGCUGGACCUGAGGAUGUGGAGUGUGACUUCUGCUCUGGGAGAAAAGACAAAGCAGUGAAGUCGUGUCUGGUGUGUCUGGCGUCUUUCUGUGAAACUCACCUCCAGCCUCAUUAUGAAUCUCCUGCCUUUAAGAAGCACAAGCUGGUGGAGGCUUCUAGAAGACUCCAGGAGCAGAUCUGCUCUCAGCACAACAAACUGCUGGAGGUUUACUGUCGCACUGAUCAGCAGUGUAUCUGCAUGCUGUGUACUAUGGAUGAACAUAAACGACAUGAUACAGUAUCAGCUGCAGCAGGAAGAGCCCAGAAACAGAAACAAUUGUUGGAUGUGCAGACAAAAUGUCAGCAGAAAAUCACCGAGCGAGAAAAGGAGCUUCAUGAGCUGACAAAGGCUGUGGAGUCUCACAAGCGCUCUGCACAAUCCGCAGUGCAGGAAAGUAAGAAGCGCUUUACUGCUCUGAUUAAAUCCAUUGAGAAAAAACGCACUGAGGUGACAGCACUGAUUAAAGCUCAGGAAAAAGCUGCAGUGAAUCAAGCAGAAGCAGUCAUUCAACAACUGGAGCAGGAGAUUGUAGAGUUGAAGAGAAGGAAUGCUGAAAUUGAGGAGCUUUCACUCACAGAGGAUUCCAUCCAUUUCCUCCAGAAUUUUCAGUCCCUUAUAAACCUUCCUGAAGCUGCAGAUUUACCCACCAUUACAGUCAAUUCAUUCCUCUCUUUUGAAGACGUAGUAGAUUCUGUGUCUCAGUUGCAAGACAAGCUGCAAAUAAGCUUUAAAGAACAGUUUGAGAAGAUAUCAAGUGAAGUGAAGAAAGUCCUGAUCUUACCACCCCAAAGCAAAAAGGAGUUUCUACAACAUACCUGCCAGCUGACACUUGAUCCGAACACGGCACAUCAACGCCUCACACUGUCUGAUUCGAAUAGAAAAGUGACUGAUAGAGACGUCCCACAGACACAGUCAUAUAGCUAUACAUACUCUCAGCAGACGAGAUAUGAACAUCCAGAGAGCUUUAACCAUUACUCCCAGUUGUUAUGUAGAGAGAGCGUGUGUGAGCCAUCUUACUGGGAAGUGGAGUUGACUGGGAGUAAUGGGGUUUCUAUAGCAGUCUCAUAUAAAGACAUCAGCAGGAAGGGGAGUGGUUAUGAGUGUGCAUUUGGACGCAAUGCAAAGUCCUGGAGUUUAAUGUGCUCCUCCUCCGGUUACACAUUUUUACACAACAAUGAAGAAAUUAAAAUCCCCAUGAACCACAGCUCAGAUAGAAUUGGAGUGUUUCUAGAUUAUAAAUCAGGAUCUCUGUCUUUCUACAGUGUUUCUGACACGAUGAAGCUCCUCCACCGAGUUCGUACCACAUUCACUCAACCUCUCUACCCUGGGUUUGGGCUAAAUAACUAUUCAACAGUAAAACUGUGCCAUCAAACAUAGAUCAUUUUAGAUGAGUAACCCUGAGAAAGUCAAGCCAUGCUUCAUGAUAUCUAGAUUAAAAAAGAGUAUUCAUAAUGACAAGGAAUCUAAAUUCUAUUUAAAGAAACCUAAGCAGUUUAACCCCCUCCCCAAUAUAGCAUAGAUAAAUUGUGGUAAAAAUAAAGGAGAAAUCAAAUGUAAGUCUAGGUAUUCAUUCCUUUCAUUGUUCUAGGAAGUAAAGUUGCCCGGAUGCUCUCAGUGGUGCACUGGUGUGUAGGGGUAGCAUGCAUGGGUAUUAUUAUCUUGUACAUUUUCCAACUACUGUCUCAGUAUCAUAUGACGAGCUCAAACCUUCUGAGAUAUGAAUAGUACCCAGGUAGACCCAUCAUUACGGGUGAUCAGUCCCGGAACAGCAAACUCAUUAGCAUGAUGAUGGAGAUGUUUUUGGUGAUACAACUGUCCAUAUUUGAGCAUCCAGGAUGGUGUAUACCAGUAAUCUGUGUCUAAUUCAUGAAAUUGUCAUACGUCAAAUAAUCAAUUAAAAAUAAUGAAUGAAAGAAUUUUACUUUUAAUUCAGUAUGCUACAUACAUACAAAAUCUACUCCAAUUCAUUCAUAUGCAAUUUACAAAAAUGUAUUCUAAUUACUGCUACAGUAAAAAGUAAGUAUUCAGGAGGCUACUAUCAGGUGUUGUUGUUUCAGGUGUACUUUUACUUUCUUCGUAUCUUCAAGCUACUAUAAAUGAAUAUAUACCAGAAUUGGAGAUUUAGUUCUAUAAUGCAAUUGCAUUUUACUUGUUACUAUAUAUUACUUGUUACUUAUAUAUGUAUGUAAGCUACUACAAAUAUAACCAAUAAACUCAUUUAUAUA